AUGGAUUCCCACCCGCAUAGCUCGGAUCCUGACUCGGAUGAUUAUAUGCCCAGCAUUCCAACACAUUCUAGAGAGCCAGCCACACUGCGGUGUUGCUGUGCUCGUAAUGACUGUGCUAUACUCGAGCAUAACAGUGUUGCCCUUGAGGCCAUGGAGAAAGAUCUUGCAACAGCAGCAAGAUUAGGGCAGGCUUUACUCCACCGCCAUGAAAGUUACGUUUCCCAAGCCGAAGAGGACCGCCAACUACUAGCUGCCAGUAUUGAAGCUCUCGAGCUUGAAAAGUCUCAAGUCCAAAUUGAAAAUAUGCGUAUCGUCGAGGAGAAUCACAGUCUGCUGGAGCAGCUGGAAACCAUAAAUAAAACCGCCUCUGAGUCCGACGACCGUAUCCACUCGCUCACUCAGACCUUGGCAAGAACCGAGGAAGAGUUGCGACAUUUGAAUGCUGCUUCGGUCCGAGCUGCAGAGCUUGAAGAUCAGUUGAAUCAGAUGGAGGCUGAGCAUUUGAGAAUUCAAGAGCGCUUGGAGGCUACAGAGGAGGAUGAGCGAGCUGCGGUGAAUCGAUGGAGGAGCACCGAGAAUAGGCUACGCGAUCUAACUGAUCAAGUUGAACAUGUCGAGGCUGAGGGUCGCGAGGAACGUGCACGUCAUGAGGAAAUAUUCCAGCGUAUGGAGCGCAAGCGUCAGGUUGAGCGCGAGCUGGACCAUGCAGCUGGACGUUUGAAGGGAGCUGCAGCUGCCUCAGAAAUUACCCACAACCCCAGGACUCACGUUGUUUCGCGCUUCGUUAAGGAUAUUUUGCAAGAUAAUGCCAAUCUUCAAGUCGGUAUCAUGGAGCUGCGCCAAAUGCUUGAUAGCUCUAAUUAUGAGGUUCAAAACUUGCGAGAACAAGUCAUGUGCGAUCAACCUCUGCCUGGCGUCGAUGAUGAGAAUGAACAUGUCCUCGAGCCAAUUUCAAGUUCGACUCUCAGCGAGGAACUUCACUCAAGAGACCGAGUGUCUCAAGAAUUCCACAUCCACCACCAUUUCCACACGUCUAGUCCGAAGAAGGACAAGGGCCCAUGGACUCGUCGGGUGAAAAAGAAGAGACCCGCUGUUGGGAAUACUAUCCCUUUGAAUCUCUCUAUGCGAAAUCCACCAUUGUCACGAAAUAACAUGCAUCGCUCUCAGCCCUCCGGCUCUUCUAUGAACACGAUACUAUCUCAAACUUCAGUCUCGAUCCCACCCUCUUCUCGCCGCUGGUCAGCGCAAUCCUCCACAUUUGAUUCCAGAGCUAGUUCCCCCCAGUCUGCUUUCCGUACAUCUUCGAUCUUUGAUCGUAUGGAUGUCACGGGUUAUUCCCAGGCUACGAGCCCCGACAGCACCGUGUUCACGUCUCCUAUGACUGGCGUCAAAGCGUUAGAUCGCGAUUCGCGAUCUAUGGGCGACUACGAAGAACAAUAUGAUCGAUCGGCCUUCUCGGACAUGUACGAAGGCAUUCCAUCACAUGCCGCUAUUCCAGAGGAGUCAGAAGCUUCACCAUCUGGGUACUACUUACAUUCUGCCGCACGCGAUUCAACACAAACUAAUGAAUCGAACAUUUUCGGCAUCCAUACGCCGUACAAGUCUCUACGCAAGUCCUCUUCGCAUGACAGCCUAUUGUCAAUUGCAGGGAUGGAUAUUCACACUCCGACAAAUCGUUACUCAAGCAUGGGUGACUGGCAUUCAGGCAUACCCAUUCCCAGACGCCUCAUGGCCCCGAGCGUUGAAUUGGCUUCAACACCGCCAAUCAUUUCAACAGCUACCAUCACAGCAAAUCUUGCCAGGAGAUCCGAACAGUCCUCCCGCUCUCUUCUAGCAUCUAUGGCUGCAAGCAGUAUUCCCUCAGAGUUCACAUCUGCCAUCUCUCCAGACAGUGCCAGCAUCAGCACCAGCUCCACCGCAACUCCAACGCCCAACAAGAAGACAUUACGACGCCGAAUGGGCGGCUGGGUCAUGGGUAAGUGGGGAGUUGCGCCCGUCUCAGAAGAAGAUGAUGCUGAGGAUUCCACCACCCAAUCUGAGCCACAAAUACCAAUUAAACCACCGAACUCAAAGACUUCGACACCUAAGAAUACCCCGCGCCCACCUCCAGGAUUCCGCCACCCAGGUGUGAACCAAAAGGGUCCUAUAAUGGGUUUCUACCCUCCGCCACAGGCUCCUAUCUCCAUCCAUGCGGAAGACAUUGAUGAAGAACUUUUACGAGAGAGUCUGGCUGAGUAG